UUGUUUUUACAUGGGGGAGUUAUAAAAAUCUGAGCGCAAGACAUGUGGGUGUUGUGACGAUUCACGAGCAAGUAGCCAAUUAAAGAUUUUCUUUCGGCAUGAGCGACCACUUUUGGGAACCCUUAGCCGACGUGUACAUCGGGGAACAGUUAGAGUUCUCUGACCCUGAUACUCACAUUUAUUGCCUUUGCAGUAGAGUAUUUAUUCGAAUCCCAGAAGUAUACACUGUCCUUGCUUUAGAGGAUGCAAGUGAAGGUGAAGAUGUUGAGGGCGAUUGUGUCGGAGAAAUGUUAGAUCUUCAUAAAAGGUCUACCAUAGAAGCACAAUCCAAUGAAAAGCAUGAUGAAGAACCAGUGAGCUGUUACUGCAGCGCAUCACACACAGACAACAAUUAUUCCACAGAUGAACAUGACUCUGUUCGUGACUCUGCACAUCGACCUGCUGCGCAUUCCCUCACCCAAAAAUUGGGUCUGCACCAAUCCGAUUCGGGUGCAGACCUAUCAGAAUAUCAUGAUCAACAUGAGGCUAAAAGUAUACAGAACCUUUUAGCAUCGUAUGGAAAGACUUUCCAAACUACAGAGACUGAACUGGAAGAUGAAUUUGAGAAAGUGAAUGUACUUCCACAGAAUCAAGAAAAUAAGCGCUCAGAUUUUGGAUUCGAAACAACAAACAUUCACUCAUCGGAUCAUCUUGCAGAAAAUAUCAAAGUUUUAAGUAUUAAUCCAUCCAAUUGUAAUGAAAAGAAAUUUCAUGUAGAAAGCCCAUCAUUCAUUUUGGGAGACAAAGAUCCCGAGGUACAAAGCACCUUACAAAAUGAUUCGGCUAAUAGUGCACAGACUUAUCACAAAGAUGUCACAUAUACAUAUGGUCAUAAUUCUCAAGUUACCCCUUACAUUAUGUAUUCUGAAAUUAAAAGUGUGAUGGACGUUGCAUGGGAGAAGUAUUGGUCUUUAAACGGUGAACAAUUAAUUUGGACAUCUUGGAUUGCAAAAUAUGCAGAUUACAUAAACCCAGAAUAUUUUCAACAAAAUGCUCCUUUGAUAGGAGAGGAAAAGUUGGAAGUAAAAGGAACUAUAGAGAAAUUCUCAGAACAAAAUACAUGUUUCCCUAGUCAAGCGCACAGAAAUUGUGAACUUGGACGCUCAAAUUUUGAAGGAAUAUUUAGUAAAAGUAAUAAUACAAACGAUAACGAAAUAAAAACGAAAGACGCGUAUAGCGUUAACUUUCCAUUCGAUGAUAUGAACAAGCAAGAAAUUAAUGAUAAAGAUGCAGAGGAAAAUAGAAGGAGGAUGACGAACUUCGAAGGUUCGCCCGAAACUGGGGAUGGAUGGAAUCCAUUAAGCCCUUUUAGCAUGGAAGAAAGUUAUAAUCAACAGUCCAAUGCAGAAGAUGAAAGACUUUUAACAAGAUGCGAUUCUAUUAAUGAAUCGAUAGCCAAAACAAACGCAACAUCAGACUCCAUGACAAAUGUUACAAAAAUGACACUUACUAGUUCUAGUUGUGACUCUAUUUCUAUGCAUUCAUCUAGUCUCAUCAGUUCUGUAACUAGUUCCAUUGAAAGCAAUAUAACAAGCACUAGUUCUGAUCAAGAUAAUGAAUAUACAACGGAAGAUAAUGAUAGGUAUUGGCAGCAUUUAUGGAAGGAAAAUUUUCAAUUACAGUACCAAAAGCACUACGAAUUGUUUAUAGAAUGGUAUAAAAAGGAUCGAUUUCAAUUCGGCGCGCCAAAUUAUUCCGACAAAUUUGAUAAUAAAGAUCGUGGCGAAAGUAUGCAUCAAGAUUUUACACAAAGAGAAACAGAUACAUUUAAUGAAAUUAAUAGUUCCGGAAAUAAAAACUUAUCGAACACAAAUUCUUUCACUAAGAGAGAAAAAAGGAACAAACGAUUAAUUAUGGAUUCGGUAGGAAUCCUCGUACAAAAUUUAACAAUGAAAGAAGACGAUGUACCUACCGAAAGUGAAAACGGAAAAUCCAAUAAAAACGAACAUUCGAGCGAGAGUAGAAACAACGAUCAGGCUUCGAUUAUACACGAAAAUAGUGCAAUUAUUUCUAUUAACACCAGUAGCAAUUAUAGUACUCAACGAAAAUAUUUUAACGAGGGAGAUGGAGAUAAGCCCAACGAUGAUAAACCUAUAACGUUGAAACGAAGCCACGAGGCCGAUUGUGAUGAAACAGGAGAGGGUCUAGAAACAGUGAAAAAGGCAUUUUCUUUAAUGGGUUACACUUUCAAUGAAAGCCACAAGCAAUUAACAAUGCAAGGAGAAGUAGUAUACAGGAAAAGAAAUAUUAGAUUACAAAAUAGACAAUUGAAAAUGAAAUACUUCAGACCCAAACCAAUAAACAAACAUAUUUACUUUGAUGAUAAUGGAGUGGAAAUUACUAACACUAUAGAUAAGGUAAAACAUUAUUUGUCAUACUGUCCAGCUGUACCUUCAGCAGAAACAGAUUUACCCUCUGAAAAAGGUUCCUACAAAGCACAAUUUACAUCGAGUUCUGAUGAAGAGUGCGAUCCUAGUCUUAAGACAAAAUUGCAAACGAAACGUCUUUUAUUUAGUAAACCAAGCACAAGUUCGGUAGAAUCAGGUGCGGACAAAAAACAAAUUGAUGACGCGAGUGAUUCAUGGAAUGUAUCAGAUAAACAGGAUAAUGUUUUUAAAAGUAUCGAAGAAGGUAACAAUAUACACUUCGACCAAAGUGAUAGUAACUCCACAAAAUGUGUAUCAGAAAACCAGUUUUCUGUAAAAGAUAAGGAAAAAAUUGAUGCAUCGAUUACUGACAUGGACAUAGAUGAAAAAUAUAAUUAUAACGAGAUACAGAAUAUGAAAUUAUCCGACGAAGAUAGCGUGAAAAAGACGCAAAAGAAAAAACGAAGGAAGCAAUCUAAAAGAAAUAUAAGCUUGCCGGCAGAAAUAGACAUUGACAAGACGUUAAUGAAGUAUUGGUUAAAGAGAUAUCGACUAUUUAGCAAGUUCGAUCAAGGCAUUAAAAUGGAUCAUGAGAGCUGGUUUUCAGUGACGCCAGAAAAAAUUGCCGAACACAUAGCACAAAGAUGCAAAUGCGAUGUCAUAAUCGAUGCAUUCUGCGGUGUAGGAGGAAACGCUAUUCAAUUCGCUUUCACGUGUGAAAGAGUACUAGCGAUAGAUAUCGAUCCGGUUAAAAUUAAAUUUGCUCGAAACAACGCGCGAAUUUAUGGUGUGGAAGACAGAAUAGAGUUCAUUGUUGGGGAUUUUUUUCAACUCGCACCAAACUUAAUAGGAGACGUUGUAUUUCUAAGCCCCCCGUGGGGAGGGCCUGGAUAUAUCAAGGAUGAAAGUUUUGAUCUCAGUAAGAUUAUGCAACCCAUUGGCGGAAUAAAUAUAUUUAAAAUAGCAAGGGGAAUCACAAAUCAUGUGGCCUACUUUCUACCUAAAAAUACAGAUACUAUGCAGCUUGCCAUGUUAGCCGGUGUAGGUUGUGGUCUAGAAGUGGAGCAGAACUUUCUUGACAGAAGGUUAAUAGCUUUAACGGCUUACUAUGGUGAACUGCCCAAGGACUGUUAGUUGUGAUAUGAUGUGUAAUUUAAAGGAAGUUCCACAUCAGCUGCUUGAAAAAAAGGAGCUUCUCACAUUUCUUGAAUCACUAGCUGUAAAUAAUAACUCGUAUCAAUUUGCUUAGGCUACUCCGAGAGAAGCAGUACUUUUUAUUUCACUUAAAACUCCUCCUUACAAAAUGCAUAUAAAAAGACAUCUGUUGUAUACUAUAAUUUACCGAUAUAUUUUUAAAUCAUCCUACUAAAUUGUUUAAGAAUAAUAUGUUCAUAACUCCAUCAGUUACCAUUCUCACAAAUUUUGCACUUAAGCAAAUUGAUAUAGAAAUAUCAAUUUGUGGGGACGUAUUCUUGAAGUUCAACAGUUAAUAUAUGAACACUCUCGAAAAUCGUAAAUUCCAUCUUCCAUAAUAUUAAUUAGUGUUACUUUUACGUGACGACCAAUUCAGUCAAAAAAAAACUACGGCAUUUUUUUUUUAGUCUAUCAUGUAAAAUAUUAUUUUAAUCUUACUAUGAAUCAUACGAGAUACUGUAAUUUACAUUUUACAACGAU